AUGAGUGCGAAUCGAGCGGUCUCCAAGCGAACAGAGGAUCUCUUCCGCGCGAGCGAGAUCGGGGACUUACAGUUAGUCUCAAACCUGCUUCAAGACCCAGAAGUUGACAUCAACUGGCAGUGCACGCAGUCGUACGGAGCUACGCCACUCAUAGCUGCUAUCUCCCAUGAUCACCAAGAUAUCGUCGAGAUCCUACUAAAAGCUGACGCGGAGCUGGAAGUUCUUAAGACCCCCGAUCGCAAUAGUCCACUGCACGAGGCAGCUUUCAGAGGCAAUCCGAAUAUCAUGCAACUCGUUUUGAAAAAGAUUCUUGAGAAAUCGGGCGACGACGCUAUUGAUCUCGUGAACUUGCAAAACCAAUUUGGAAAUACGCCUUUGCACAACGCAGCUCGAACAGGAAGCCCAGGAUGCGUCUCCUUUUUGUUGCAGGCUGGUGCGAAGCAUUUCAUAAAGAAUGCUAAUGGAUCCAUUCCACUCCACCACGCGUGCUAUAGUGAACUGCCGAGCCUGGAAGUCGUGCAGCUACUUGUGGAAGCUGGAUCUGAUGUCAACGCGCUGGACGAGCAGGGAUGCUCGCCGCUCAUUGUAGCUGCUAAGAAGAAUCAAUCGGAAGCCAUCGAUUAUCUGCGCAAACACGGCGCCGACGCCACGCUCAAGAACUCGUUCGGUGAAGACGCACUCCACUUUGCGGAGCUGCGCAACAAUGCAGGUGUGAUCCAGUUAUUGGAAUGA